CUGGACGAUCGCUUUAUUAAACUUACCGUUGAGAACCACACAUGCUGCCUCGGUUGAGGUAAGCUAAAGGCAUAGCUCCCGUCAGAAAGCUACGCGCUCUCUAGCCUUGCGCGACACCCGCACCAUUCGCUCCUGUAACAAGCGUUUGCGGGAUUCUUAGAUAUUGAUCUUUGCAUUCGAAUCAAACCACAGUCGACAUCACUUCUGCUACCGCUUCGGAUUCAGUUAUGCCAGCCACACACCAGGGCUUGCUCGACAAAGGCUGCCUUGAAGAGGUCAAACUCUCGCCGACAAUAUGGAAACCAGUACGAACAACAAAAUUGAGUCUCAACGCAGUGCGUCCUGAGUUUUUGAGCUUACGCUCAAUCACGAAGAGCAAGCCUGCCAGACCAACAGCAUGGCUGGACGGCCUGAGGGGUUUUGCGGCGUUUUUGGUGUACCUGCACCAUAAUCAACUCUGGGCUCAUGGCGGCAAGGGCAAUCAAGCAUUCGAAACCUCAUUUGGCUACGAUGGAAAAUACUAUUCAGCAGCGUUUCCAUUCUUUCGACUCAUAUUCUCUGGUGGUCACUUCGCAGUGGCUAUCUUUUUCGUCAUCUCAGGAUAUGUCCUUUCGCUCAAAAGCCUACAACAAAUUCAUGGGGGUCAGAUCUCAAGUGCGUCAAACACCGUCGGCUCCGCUCUCUUCCGCCGCUGGCUUCGACUAUAUCUUCCCAUUAUCGUCGUCACCUUUGCGUGGAUGUCGUUCCGCCAUUGGAGUGGAAUCGCGCUCGAUAUGCGCGAUACGGAAUCUACGUUUCAAGACGAUGUUGUCACCUGGUAUCGAACAUUCAAGAACUACAGCUUCGUCUUCUCGACAAACAUCUACGAAUUUACGGAGCCAUACCACCCGCAUACCUGGUCAAUACCGAUCGAAUUCAAAGGAUCCAUCAUUGUCUACACAGCGCUCUCCGCUCUUUCCCGAUGCACACGCAAUGCUCGCCUCACGUGCCAGGUGGCUUUGGCCAUCUACUUCCUUUAUGUGGUAGAUGGCUUCUACGGAGCAUUAUUCAUAUCUGGAAUGUUGCUCUGCGACCUUGACCUGCUGACCGAGCAAGACCAGCUUCCACAAUUUCUCAGUGCGCUGGCUGGGUUCAAGGAGCUCAUCUUCUUCCACUUAUUCAUCGCCGCACUUUACCUCGGCGGUGUACCAGCAUUCGAUGCACCCGAUAUCGAUCGCACAGUACUCAUCUCGAAGUCUCCUGGAUGGAUCUGGCUGUCGCAUCUCAAGCCUCAAGCUGUCUUCGACGCCAAAUGGUUCUACCUCUUCUGGGCUGCAUUCCUUGCCGUGGCGUCGAUUCCACGACUGCCAUGGCUGAAGCGCUUCUUCGAAACCGGGUUUUGCCAGUACCUCGCGCGCAUCUCAUUCGCGCUGUACCUAGUUCAUGGUCUAGUCAUCUGGACCAUAGGAGACCGAAUUUAUGCCGCGGUUGGGCUUUCAAGACCAUUCCACCAGAACGGUCUUCCAGGAUGGGUCGACAAGUUCCCGCUUCCCAAGGGGGGACCUAUGGGGCUCGAGCCUGCAUUUUGGCUAUCGCAGCUUAUUAUCCUUCCCAUUACGCUUUAUGCAGCCGAGGUUGUCACGAAACUAGUGGAUGAGCCCAGCGUCAAGUUGGCAAAUUGGCUUUACAGAUGCACCAUCCAGCCACAAGUUUCUCCUCCAAAACACCAGCGCAGUUACUCUGUACGUUAGAAGAAAUUGAGUCAGUCCUCCUCCACAAUUCUUCAUUUGUGUCAUCGCAAUGCGCUGGCCGACUAUGGACUCCUUUAGACACUUUUGGCUCGGCUUCAUGUGAUGUUGACACGCCAGGGGCAACCCGUCACGGCGCUACUGCAGGUGCUAAACGGGUAAGAUGCAUUAUCAUGUCGGUGCAAAUGUUUAUU